CCUCUCUCAAAAAGAAAAAGAAAAAGCCCUCGCUUCUGCCCUCCCUACGCCGUUACCGCCAGUCAUGGCCGCAACCCCGCCGCCGCCCGACGCCUUCGCCUUCUCUCCUGACGGAGAGCUCUUCGCGGCCGUCUCCGAUCGGCGGAUCCAGGUAUGGAGUACAAGAGGGGGACAAAAGAUAGCAGGAUGGACUGAUCCAAUAGCAGACCAAGAUGAUUCCUACAGUUGCAUUGCCUGCAGCUCUGUUUGGAAGAAGCAAAAAAAUGAUGGCGACCUUAUUGUUGUUGCUGUUGGCACUGCAAAUGGUGAAGUUUUAGCUCUUGAUUCUACUGGUGUUAUAUGGAAAAAUGCUUGUCACACUGGCAAGGUCAUUUCUCUUCACUUUUCGAAACAAGGGCGUGUUCUUAUUACUGCUAGCAUGGAUGGAGUUAUAUGUGAAUUGGAUACUUGUACUGGAAAACCCAACGGCACUUUGAAAGUUUCGAAGAAGUCAAUUAAUUCUUUGACAGUUUCUCAUGAUGAGAAGUUUAUGGUUGUCUCAGGUAAGACAGCAAAAUUAUACAGUAUGAAGGAUAAAAAAGAGAUUCUGAAGAUUCCUUCUGAUGAUGGCCCUAUCCAGCUGAUGUCUGUGUCCGAUGAAGCGCGCACAUUAGUUUCUUGUACUGACAAUAAUAAAGAAGUCAAAGUCUGGUCUUGUGAUCACCACAAUUGCACUAUCAUUUCUACAGUCUCCCUUGUCAUGCAUACUCAGCCAAAGACAGUAGAGUGUAAAAGGAGCACAUCAUAUGAAGCCGGGGGAAUUGUUCUUGCAGUAUCGAAGAAAGGUGUGGCUUAUGUGUGGCACUUGCAGACCCUUACCCAAGAUGAAGUAGUGCCCACCAAAAUCUCAGUAAAAAAAUCAUUUGAUAAAAAGGGCCGUGUCCCAAUUAUUUUAGCUAAGUUAUGUGAUGCCGAAGAAGACAACACAAUCAAGGUUCAUGUUGUGUUUGGAUCACUAGACUGUUUACAGUUCAAGAUUAUUGUAUUGGGUGAGAAUUGUGAGGACAUCAACUUGGUUGCGUAAUCUGAUGCAUUAGCUUUGGAAGAGCAAGAUGCAAAAGUAAAUGAAAAAAUGGCUGAUGGACAAGAUCGACAGGAGAAUACAAACCUCACUCAUCAAGGAAGACCAAACAAAAGGACAGCAUCUGUUUUGGAUUCUAUCACUGGUAACAAUUAGCCCGGUUAAUUCGAAGUAUCUCCAGACCUGAUGUUGUCAUAUACAUUGAGUGUACAAUGAAAAAACAAAUUUAAGGUGUCAUUCAUUUUCUA